GCGAUGCGGUGACAGUGACUUCGCAGAGAUAUGCAGAGAUGUUGGACAACUUUUUUACUCCACAACUUGGACAGUACGAAGUGAACGAUGAAAUGUUUUUCCAGCAAGACGGAGCAACAUCCCACACUGCUCGAGUUGGUACUCGCACGGGCAACCAUGGUGUUCUUCACAUGCCAACAUUGUGGAACCUCGCUCAAGAAGAAUGCAGUCGACAAGCAUUACAUGACAGAAUGCAGAAACAGGAGUCCGAAUUUGACUUGUGUCGACUGUCUCAAAGAUUUCUUCCGGCUCCAGACAUGCGGCAUUCGGCGAACACCUAGCAUACUCGCCGAAUCACGAGUAAUAUGGAUGGAUGUUUGGUAUUCGGCAAGCAGUGAACAUUCGUGCUCGUUGUUUUCCCGGUCGGUGUGGGACUUUUUACGGUAUAUUGUAAUGUAUGUUUUGUUUCUGUUCCAGAAUUUCUGUAAAUCAAAUUUUGGAAAAUUCGCUGACAUCAAACAAAUUGACGAAGUUUUUGACCUUUUUGAAAGAGUUCAUAAAAAAUCUGUGGAUGACUCUAAAGUGGAAAAAACUGGUACAAAUAAUUCAUCAGCGACUGAAGCUAACGACAGCAAAUCUCUCACUAAUGGCAAGAGUGUUGAUGGAAUUGCAAAUGUACAGAUUCCAGAGACGAAUGAGGAUGAAGAUGGAGAUGUGAAAAUGGAAAAUGAAACGGAAAAUUUGAUUAAAGGCAAAAAACUAUCAAAAAAAGAAAGAAAAGAGCAGAAACGAAAAGCUAAACUUGCUGGAAAAGUCAACGAAAAUGCCAGCCAGGACUUGGAAAAUAGUGAUAUUUUAGAAAAUUGUGAAAACGAAAACAUAGAGAAUGAAACUGUUAGUCCUAAAAAGACUGAUUCUAGUAUGGCUGUUGAAAAUGGAGAAUGCAAUGAAGAAGAGGGAGAAAAACAUUUGAGUAAAAAGGAGAAGAAGAAAUUGAAAAAACAAGAAAGAUUCCAAGCUGAGUUGAAUGAGAUUGAGCUGGCAAAAAUGGCUGUUGACAAUGAUGGUGAAGAAAUUUCUGAUCAAAAUAAAACACAUAAAAAGAAAAAAGACAAGGUAAACACGAACGGUGUUACUGAGAAUGGACAUGGUAGUAAAAAAUCGAAAAAAAGAAGUCGAGAAGACAGUGGUAUGGAAAUUGAUGAGGAGCAACCUGUUAAGAAAUCAAAGGACAGUGAGACACAUGGAUAUGGGGAUUUGGAUUCUUCAGAAACGAAUGCUAACGGUAAAAAGCAAUUCGAUUGGAGUGAUAUCAUAAUCCAAGUUUUACAGUCUAGAAAGGAUAAAGAGUUGUCAAUCAAAAGAUUGGCCAAAAAAGUCAUCACUGAGUAUCAAACAAAUUAUGCUACCUACGAGACCUUUGAUAAAAUAUCAGCUAAAUUCCAUAAAAAACUGAAAAAGAUUCCGGGAGUGAAAGUUUUAAAUGACAAAGCAAAAUUAGUUACUUCUGAUGCAUGAAAGAAUCGAUUUCGAUUUAAAAUAAUACGAUAUCUAUGAUAUAUAGCUUCAUUUGAAACUAUGUUCAACAAACAGAAUCUGUUAUUUCGGUAUGGCAUGUUCAUUUGCUUCCAAUAAGUUUGUCAACUCGAAGAAUAAAUGCUGUAUCAUUUUU